UAUAUAGCAUGAGUAUACAUAUACAUAUACAUUUACAUACACAUAUACAUAUAUCCAUAGUAUAUUGCAAUUGUUAUCAGCUAUGACGGGUGGAGCUAUUGAUGGUGGAUUAGUGGGUAAUCCAAAUGAUUAUGUAUUUUCACAGACUGCCUUGGACAAUAUUAUUACCCAAUUAAUGGAACAAACUGGAGGAGCAUCAGCACCUCCGCCUGCACCUGACCAUGUUAUUGAAUCACUUACAAAGAGACAUUUAAAUGAAAAAGAAAAGAGCCAAGAAACUGACUGCGCUGUAUGUAAAGACCAAUUUGGAGUAGAAGAAGAAGUGAUUGAACUUCCUUGUGAUCAUAUAUUUCACGAUGAAUGUAUUAAACCAUGGUUAAAAUUGAAUAGUACCUGUCCUGUAUGUCGACAUUCUGUGUUAUCUGAUCAACAGCAACAAGAAUCAAGUAAUGAGACUAAUAGACAGCAAAAUAGCAAUGAAUCCACUACUAAUCCUAAUCCACAAAAUACUUCACAAGAACAAACUGCUGAUAAUAAUCCAAAUGUUAGAACGUUUUCCUUUAAUAGUGGAAACGGUAAUAAUGUUUCAGGCGUUGUUAUUGGAUCAUAUCAACAUUCACCAUCUGAUUCACAGCAACAACAAACCAAUCCUACUAGCUCAUGGCCUUUAAAUUUAUCUGCUGCAUUUCCUUGGAUUAAUAAUUUAACAAGACAACAAGGAUCUAACACUACUACUACUACUACUACCACUGCAGAGGAUGAACAUAACACGAAUAUAGAGUCAACAUCAACUGAAGAAAGGGCUGGACAUAAUACAGAAUCAUCAUCAUCAUCAACAACAACAACAGCAGAAGGAUCUUCUUGUAAUGAUAAUAAUCAAACGACUACAGUUAACAAAGACAACAAUGCAACUGAAUCUUCCACUAGUCAUAAUAACAUCAAUACCAACUCUAAUAAUACUGAAUCCUUUCAUUUAGACGAUGAUCUUGAUCUUGAUUAAAUAGUAGUAGUAGUAGUUAUAUAUAUGUAUUAUACACUUAUAUAUGUAGCAGUAUUUAGCUCCUCUGUUUUGAACUUGUGACAGCAGAUAUAUUCUAUAUACAUAUAAAAAAGAAUAAAAUAAAAGACAUAUAUUCCACUUUUUAUAUCUGUAUAUGUAUAUGUGUAUAUAAAAAAGUGGGGUAGGGGGAAG